UAACGUUAAGCUCGUGUCAAACAAAGCAAACACAAUCAACACACUUGUACUCUUCUCACACAUUCAUUUUCCAUGGAUUCCUCCACUCGCUCCUCCGUCAUCGUUGUCGGUGCCGGAAUCUCCGGUAUUUCCGCCGCGAAAGUGUUAGCCGAGAACGGCGUGGAAGAUAUAGUGAUCCUCGAGGCAUCAGACCGAAUCGGCGGAAGGAUCCGUAAGGAAUGUUUCGGUGGCGUGUCGGUUGAACUCGGUGCCGGUUGGAUCGCCGGCGUCGGAGGUCGAGAAUCUAAUCCUGUUUGGGAACUCGCCGUUGAACAGAAUCUCCGAACAUGCUACUCCGAUUAUAGCAAUGCUCGUUACAACAUCUACGAUCAAAGUGGGAAGAUAAUUCCGAGUGGAAUCGCUGCUGACUCGUAUAAAAAAGCGGUUGACUCAGCGAUUCAGAAAUUGAGAAACGAAGAAGAAGCUGAAGCAAAUGAUGAUGCUAACAUCAACGGCGGCAAUGAUAGCAACAAAAUAACCAAACCGCCUUCGACGCCGAAGACUCCUGUAGAACUCGCAAUUGAUUUCAUUUUGCAUGAUUUCGAAAUGGCAGAAGUGGAACCAAUUUCAACAUAUGUAGAUUUUGGGGAGAGGGAAUAUUUGGUUGCGGACGAAAGAGGGUACGAUUACUUGCUAUAUAAAAUGGCUGAAGACUUUCUCUUCACAUCAGAGGGUAGAAUUUUGGAUGAUCGUCUCAAACUCAACAAGGUCGUCCGGGAAUUGCAGCAUUCAAGAAAUGGUGUUACGGUUAUCACGGAGGAUGGUUGCGUUUACGAAGCCAAUUAUGUAAUUCUGUCCGUUAGCAUUGGUGUUCUCCAAAGCGACCUGAUUGCCUUCAAUCCACCCUUACCCAGGUGGAAAUUUGAAGCCAUCGAGAAAUGUGAUGUGAUGGUGUACACCAAGAUCUUUCUGAAGUUUCCCUAUAGAUUUUGGCCAAGUGGACCCGAAAAGGAAUUCUUCAUCUAUGCUCACGAGCGGAGAGGCUAUUACACAUUUUGGCAGCACAUGGAGAAUGCAUAUCCUGGCUCCAAUAUCUUAGUUGUGACAUUGACAAAUGAAGAAUCAAAACGUGUGGAAGCUCAAUCUGAUGAGGAGACGUUGAGAGAAUCUAUGGCGGUGCUCAGGGAUAUGUUUGGACCCAACAUCCCCGAUGCCAUUGAUAUACUUGUUCCCUGCUGGUGGAAUAACAGAUUUCAGCGCGGCAGCUACAGCAACUACCCCAUUAUCUCCAAUCGUAAAGUUUUUCAUAAUAUUAAGGCUCCAGUUGGUCACAUUUUCUUCACCGGGGAGCACACUAGCGAAAAAUUUAAUGGCUACGUACAUGGCGGAUAUCUCGCAGGUAUUGACACAGGCAAAGCCUUAGUAGAAGAAAUAAGGAAGGAGAAAGAAAGAGAAAAAGAAAGCCAAACUCUAUUGUUGGAGCCUUUGCUAGCAUUAACAGGAUCAUUAACAAUGUCAAAGUCAGAAACAGUCUCCAAUAUCCACAAAUGUGAUAUUCCUACACAAUUAUAUCUCAGUGGCAAGCUUGGGAUCCCAGAGGCCAUAUUAUGAUUAUAUGGUUCUGCAGAGAAUGAUAAUUGAUUAUGGAAGAAGUAUAAUUGAUGAGAAUCAUCAUGGCCUGGUGAGUCAUGAUUCCUAGUCUCGCUCAAAGUCAUUAAUGCCAUUAGUAAUGUAGAUUGACAAAAUACUGGAAGUAUGUUGGUGAGGUUAAGAGGUGCUGGAAACACCUAAGUUUAGUUCAUUCCACUCUUAGUGGAGCCAACUAGGUUAUGAAUUUUUUUAAGGGGAUUAAUUGGUAUAGACUUAAGAUUAUUUUGUUCUUUAUAGCCAGAAGAAGUAAGAUUACAUUGUAAGGAUGCUAGCUUGUAUUUUGAUCCUAAUUUUACUUGCAAUACCAAGUUCAUAAUUUUUUUUGGGAUUGAAGAUAUUUGUGUGUAUACUUUAAAUAAAGAAAAUAGUAGUGCAUAUUUACCAUA